AUGUCUGCAAACGAGCUCGCAUUGAAGGACGACUUCAGUUUCGGGACUCACAAUGAUGCCGGUAUGAACAUUCUCGAUGGAUCUGAGCCAGUGGACAUCAGUCAUGCGGGAGGAGAGUUCCAUGAGCUUACCAGAGAGCUACUAGGGGAUUUCUACAACAUAAAUGCCAAUGCGAAGUCUCGCAGGCCAGACUACAGGACAAGGUGUGAUAGGACACGGCGGCAUACCGAGGCGUUUGAUAGACAGAUGCCAGCCUUAACAAAGGCAUACCUUGAUUGGCAUCUGUCAGUAAGCAAUGCUGCCAGCGGCGACUGCGGGUUUUUUGCGCACCAUAAGAAGAGUUCUCAGGAGAACACACUGGAGAUUAAUGGUUCCAUCCAGAUCAAGGUGGUGGAUGUAUUCUGCGCUGAGAAAGUUGCUCUCACCAUACUAUCGACAGAUUCAUUUGUUGCAUCAGCCCUUGUACGACAAGGUAUCAUUCCCUCUUUGCCCAUAAGUCCAACUACUGGCUUAACAGUACAGGCUCUCAAACUCUAUCGCAUCACAUCUUACGUAAAGACGUUGUGUGACUUACAAGGGGUUCAAUUUUACCCUUAUCUAUCUUGGCAGUUCUCGAUUGCGCUGGACGCUUACCUACAGAUUCUCGCCAGUGUCAAUAUGCUAGUCUAUGAAGUGCUUCACUGUGGAGACCCUCAAUGGCGCUUAAAACAUGCUUGUCCAGCAUGCACAUACAAACUGCAAGGUGAAGUCCCCAUGAAGUUCAGCUUACUCUAUGCAAUGGACGGCAAUGACUCACUUAAUGGUGACCGUUAUUUGUUAAACGACUACAUCAAACAGUUCUCAAGAGACUCGCCUGCAGAUAUGCUAUCACUUGAUGACGAUGAGGACAAUCCUUGCGCAGGACACUGGAAAAAUAUGCGAGAUGAGAAGACAAAGAAGAUGUGGGGCAUUUUCGACGAGUCAGGCAUAUUCAUGUCUAUCUGUAGGCAUGGUUUCUCGCUCGUCAUAGCUGACAUGGUCCAAAGCGGAGAACAAGCAAAGUACCCUCUGGCGGUUGUCUCAACACUUCUCGAUACAUUCGGUAGUGACCUCGGAGGAGGUUAUGAUAUCGGAUGUCACUUCAAGACCACGCUCAGCCAAAGCACACUAGGUCAACGCGCACAAGAACUCAAUCACACCUCCCUCGUUAGUGCCUUCCACAGACAUGCUCACCAACGCCUUUGUCAGCUCAAUCACCUUGCAACGUAUGUCAAAGGCCUGGGACUAGAGGACCUCGAGGGCUGCAAAUGCACAUUUUCGAACACCUUUCACCGGCAUCAAGCUAUUGCCAAUUAUUUUCAGCACAAUGAUGAUCACGAAGUCUACGCAAAUCUUAGUGAAAAUGCUAUCCUACGUACAUUCUUGUAUAAUAACUACAAGCAAGCCCUUCGUAUACUCUCUGACGGACGACAAUCCCUGCCAAGACUGAUGCGAGAGCUUGGGGUAGAGGAUGUCAGCAUAUUUGAUGCUUGGUUAGCCGAAGAACGAACUUACCUCACAUCGUUGACUCACGAGCCCAACCAUGAGACGCUACAGAUGGAGUACUGGCAAAAGCUGGUGAACCUUUCGGGUAGCAAGAGAGAUCUCGAUGCUACUAUGACCGCUUGGUCUGUGACUACACCAAGCACAGUACAGUUUGGACCUCGCGACAUUGCAUCGAAAAACAAGGUCGAGACCACCCGCAGGCACGCUAUGGAGAAUUACAAGAAGGACUUGAGAGUUGUCCAAGAACUCGAGGCGAAGCUUGGCGUGGCAUGUAGAUGGGUCCUGGAAGAUCAGGAAUGGAAGGAUGCUGGACAUCUUGUAGCCAAAUGUAAAUUCCAACGCGCGCUCGAUCACCUUGAAGGUCUCGUUGUGGCUCGAAUCUUCGAGCUUGCAAAGAUGAACCAAGCAGGAACAGGCUACAAACUUCGGAAACACAUUGGCAAGGCUUUACAAGUGCGCUCGGCAGCUAUCCGCACAGCACUCGACAAGUAUAACGCUGCUGCACGGGCACUCUCUCCUCCACGUUCCACCAUUUCAUGGGAGGAUGUUGUUGAAUAUGCUUUUCUAGCUGACUUCGACCUGCUCCGCGAUGCACUCGACAAUAUAUCGCAUCGUCCUUGGGCAACUCCCACUGGUCGCCAGACCAUGGACACCUACUUCAAAAUGUGCCGUGCGCGCGAGGAGAUACACCGUCUCAAUGUUGAAAUUCAGUGCCUAGCUACAUAUCUACACGACGAAGACCAUUACCUACUGGAGUGCGAGAAAAAACUUCAAAAUCUGCAUCCAGCACUUGCUCAUCAAGUCGGUUUGCAUCGCAGGAUUCGCGCGAGAUUCAUGGCACAUCACUACCAUCGCCUGGAUGAGAUAAGCGCACUAGAUGGCUUUACAGGGUCCAUCGAGCGAGGGGAAAGCAUUGAACGAGGAAUGGGUGCCAGUGCAUCCUCCCCCACAGCUUGCAUUCCCCCCCAGCUCAUUGCGGAUGUGCUUCCCAUGCUACAGGGAGGCAUUGACAAUGACUUGGAGGACCUUGAGGCAGACGAGAAUGAUGAUACCAAUGGCGAGGAGAGUGCUCAUGUACUGGAGGAUAUUCUCCAGGUGACUCUGGAUGUUUAA